GUGGUGGGGAAUUCCCAGCCAUGGGUAUCCUUCCCUGUUUCCUCUUUUGAGUGGUUUGAAUUGCUUAUAAAUACCCUCUCUGAGUCUGAGAGCACACAAGACAAGCUCCAUCUUCUUUGGCUUUGCCUUUCUGCCAAGCUCCGUGUCAGGCUUGGGCUGGGAACUAUGAGGCUCUGUGUCUGCCUUGUCUUGCUCUCCUUCACUCUAUGUGCAAGUGCUGACUUGUCAUUUGUACGCCGUGGUGGACAAUUUGUCCGGGAUGCAGUGGGAGGGGCAUGGGAUAUGCUCAGAGCAUACCGGGACAUGCGUGAGGCAAAUUAUGUGGGUGCUGACAAAUACUUCCAUGCUCGUGGCAAUUAUGAUGCUGCCCGAAGAGGACCUGGCGGUGCUUGGGCAGCCAGAGUGAUCAGUGACGCCCGGGAGAACUGGCAGGGCAGCUGGAGCGGCCGAGGCGCAGAGGACACCCGAGCUGACCAGGAGGCGAACGCCUGGGGCAGGAACGGCGGGGACCCCAACCGCUACAGACCCAGGGGCCUUCCCAGCAAGUACUGACGCUGCCCCCAGCAGCCCGCCUCUGUUAGAAAUGAAUGGUAGUGUUGAUUUUGCAUUCUAGUGUUAGAAAUGUAGUGUUUGGUUUGGUUCAUAGAUAUAUAUAUAUAUAUUCUAGUGUUAGGAACAUAUAGUUUGUUUGACCACAUUUAUAUUAGGACCACAUAUAGGAAUAUAUAGUUUGUUUGAGAUAUAUUUUAGUGUUAGGAAUAUAAUUGUUUGUUUGAGAGAUAUCUACACAUUCCAGUGACACCUGGAGUGGUUUAUGGGCCAAGAAACUGAGGGACUUAAUUGGGCUCCAUCUGGGGGAUCUGAACAUGGAUAAGGAUUUAUGGCCCAAGAUAAGGCCGAACAAAGCUACUUCUAUGUUCCUCCUCAGGGCAGGAUGACACCAGUAGAUUGUUAAUUGGGAAGACAGCCAAGGGGGCAAGAAAGGUCAAAAUUUUACCUUAAAAGGUAAAAAGUAAACUGCUAGAAUGGAAUGUGUAAACAGGGGUGGGAAACUUACAGGAUAAUUUGAAGCGUCGGAUAGGCUGUAAACCCUGGAGUACCCAGCCAGUGGGGAAACGGGGGAGGGAAUUUUGCGUCGGGAAUAGGGAAUAUAAACCGUUAUUCACGUUGCUAUAGGUGUGCCUACUUGCUUAGGUCACCCAUUCUUGCAAGGAUGUAAAUAAACUGUGCUUCGCUGAA